GCUUUGUCAGAAAAUCACACGACCACGCUCUGCUGGGGACACAUAAAAAGAAGAGGAGAAAAACCUGGAUGAACACAGAACUAUUUGAGAAGCUUAAUGUCCAUUUUUUAUUUUUUUUUUAAAAAAGAGCAAACUUGAAUUGAAUAUUCUCCAGAAAUUCAGUCAUGUUCAGGAAGAAUCCAGAAAAAAUUCAUCUGAUAAGCGACUCUAGAAAUCUCUAUACCAUCUCGGGAAGCAUGACCAACGAGGAGGCAUUACAGAAAGAUGGCCCUGAUGGCAUCAAGCAUUGCCAUGACAACAGCCGUGCACAGGAGGAUCGUGAGCGAGAGAAGAAAGUUGCCAGGAAGAGGCUGUACGUGGUCUCCGCCGUGUGCGUGGUGUUCAUAGUCGGGGAGAUCCUUGGUGGCUAUUUCGCAGGCAGCCUGGCAGUGAUGACGGAUGCGGCCCACCUGCUGGUGGACUUGACCAGCUUCAUCAUCAGCCUGUGCUCUCUCUGGCUCUCUUCCAGACCUGCCACACACAAGCUCAGCUAUGGCUGGCACCGUGCAGAGAUCCUUGGCGCAUUGCUGUCAGUUUUCACCAUCUGGCUGGUAACAGGUGUGUUGGUUUACCUGGCCAUAGAGCGUCUCAUCAGCGAUAACUACACCAUCGAGGGCACUGUCAUGCUCAUCACGUCUGGCUGUGCGGUGUUGGCCAACAUUAUCAUGGCCCUCACCCUUCACCAGUCCGGACAUGGGCACAGCCAUGGCGGGCUCAGUUCACAUGGGCAUGGCCACAGUCCAAAGAAGGAAAAUGGACACUCUCAGACCUCAAAUAAUACCCACACCCAUGAUGAAAAUGGAGACGUGGAGCAGAGAGGAGCCGAACAUGGAGUGAGGUUCCAGCAGGCCAACGCCAGCGUGCGAGCUGCCUUCGUCCACGUGGUCGGAGACCUUCUCCAGAGCCUCAGCGUGCUGGUCAGCGCCGUCAUCAUCUUCUUCAAGCCUGAGUACAAGAUGGCUGACCCCAUUUGUACCUUCCUGUUCUCCAUAUUUGUCCUGGGCACCACCCUCACCAUUAUGAGGGACAUCCUCAUUGUGCUGAUGGAAGGCACUCCAGCCGGGGUGAAGUACAGUGAGGUGCGGCAGCGUCUGCUUGCAGUGAAGGGGGUGACAGCGGUCCACAACCUUCACAUCUGGGCUCUCACCAUGAACCAGGCUGUAUUGUCGGCACACGUCGCCAUAGAUGACUCAGUGGAUGCUCAGUCAGUCCUCAGGGAAAUGACACAAGCCUGCUUCUCCUCCUACAACUUCCACUCUGUUACUAUUCAAAUGGAGAGACAGGCUGACCUCAAGCCUGGAUGCACCCUGUGUGAGGACCCCAAGAUGUAGGAAUCUGUCUGGGACUGGGAAGGAGCAGCUGGACGCUCAUCCGAAUGAGGCUAAGUUACAAAACAAUGCUUUAGUUGCAAUGACAUGUGGACUGUAGCAGUCUUUGGGUGCUCUGUACUGGUCAGUAGAGCCUUAGGUGGUUUGUUUUGCAGUGUGAUCAUCGCCCCACAGUCACAUCACCGUGCCUCAGGGCCUCUGCACUCACAUUCCCAAAGAAGCGAUUAUUGACAGAACUGCAAACUUGUGCCUGAAUGCAAGUGAGGAUAGCUAAAGACAGCAUUUUCCCCUUUAUAGUGGAAAAAGGUUAAUGCAAUAUUCAUCUAUUUUAUAGCUGAUUUUAGGGAAAAGGUGCUCACUCUGUCUUCUGCCUUUACAUUUGAACAUAUAUAACCACCUGGUAUUAAUGAGUUAUCUUGGCUUUUUGCCUGAUUUUAUUUUGAAGUGAAGGUUACUAUGCACAAUAUAAAGCAAACAUUCAUCUUUUUCUGAAUCUAUCUAAUCUGGGUUAUCCUAAACCACUGGUUGUUUACUGGUAUUUUAUCUGUAAGGCUUUUAGGCUGGUACUAAAAUACUGUUUUUAUUAGUUACCAUCUACUUAAUGUAUCAACCUGUGACACAAAGCUGCAGGAUAAAGGCAUAUCCAUUUGCACUGAGUUUGAAAUACUAUAUGUACUGUAAACAUAGAUAAGUGAAAAUUUCUAUGUAUGGGCUGUUACAUAAGCAACUUGAUGCUAUCCACAUGCAGUACUGUGCUUCCCAACUGUGUUUUAAUAUACAUCAAACUGUAUUUCCAUUGCCAAUGUACAGCUGCAAAGAAAAAGUUGAAAUGAGGAUGAAUGAUUUAAUAAAAUAUCCCUCUUUUUCAAACACUC